AUGAAUAGCAGUGAUUCGGACUACUGUAUUAUAAUCCCACCCUCAGUUCAACCUCCACAGUUUGUUACGCUGAUUUACGGCACGUUCACCGCUUUCACCACCGAUGCUGAUAGAAGUACAAUCGCCGUUAUGACAUUGCCAAUGUAUGCUUCGGUCGACACCCAUGUACCAACAGUUGAAUUGAGUACACUUCAAACAGUAGUGGAGUCAUCGGGUUCUGAGUUGGCAGCUGUAGCCGAAAGCAUUGCCUUAUCCGACAAUGAGGCCCAAAGUACAUCUGACACCGUUUCCCGACCCCCUUCAACGGUUUCUUUGCAAACUGGAGAAGCAAAUACCCUGAGAUGGUCAGCUUUUUUUGGAGUAGUUUCAUUGCUUAACUUGCUCUUCAUUUAUAGAGGGAGGGUCCUUUUUUCACUGUUCCUUUAA